AUGUAUACGAGUCCGAAACUUCAGCCCGACAUUCAAAUUGUUCUUCUUCGUGCACGGUUGUGGACAUAUGUAUUCAUGACAGACAUCAAACUGAUGUAUCGGCAAAUUGUGGUGCGGCCUGCUGAUAUAGAUUACCUGCGAAUUUUCUGGAGAUUUUCGAAAAAUACCACAGUGCAGGAAUACCGUCUCUGUACGGUCACUUACGGCACAUCAGCGGCACCUUAUCAAGCUCUUCGUACAAUUCAGGAAUUGGCAGUCGUUGAUGGAAAAUUAUUUCCCAUCGCUGCGUCAAUUCUCCUCAACGACACCUUCGUGGAUGAUAUUCUCACUGGAGCUAACACCGAAAAGGAUGCCCUUGAAUAUCAGUCACAACUUAUACAAUUGUGCUCAUUAGCCAAGUUUGAGCUCCGAGGAUGGGCCAGCAAUAACAGUCAUAUCUUACACGCUGUUCCCGAAGAAGCUCAAGCGAUGUCUCCAGCACUUCUGUACAAUGAAAAAAAUGAAUGUGAAUUAAAAAUACUUGGUUUGAAAUGGGAUCCGAGAGCUGACGUGUUUUCAUUUGAUACAAAACCAUCGGAAACUGACCCGACAAAGCGGUCAGUUCUCUCUGACAUUGCCAGAGUUUUCGAUCCGUUAGGCUUGCUGUCUCCCAUCACGUUCUGGACAAAACACGUCAUGCAAUUGCUUUGGACCGCUGGUCUCAAAUGGGAUGACAAAAUACCCACAGAUCUUGCUCAAUUAUGGACCCGAUAUCAAUCAGAACUGAAAUUGAUCGAAUCGAUCUCUAUCCCUCGUCGUAUAACGGUUGACGAGGCAACCACAAUGCAACUUCACGCUUUCUCGGAUAGCUCAGAGAAAGGUUACGCGGCGGCAGUUUACCUUCGAACACAAACAGCUACUUCAGCUUAUUGUCACCUUGUAACAGGUAAAUCCAAAGUCGCACCUCUCAAGAAGUCUACUAUCCCACGUCUUGAGCUGUGUGGAGCUGUAUUAGCCGCCAAACUAUUACGUUUCGUUGCUGAUACUUACUCAAAGAGUCUUCAAAUUGAUGAGUUGCAUGCUUGGACAGACUCAACAACUGCGUUAGCCUGGAUACAAUCCUCACCACAUCGUUGGGCCACGUUCGUGGCAAAUCGAACGAGCCAAAUUCAUGAACUCACCUCACCAGAUAUUUGGCAUCGCGUCCCCACUCAGCAAAAUCCGGUCGAUUGUGCUUCCCGUGGCCUAUUCCCGUCGGAACUUGUUGAUCACCCGUUGUGGUGGACUGGCCCAGCGUUUCUGGUAGAAUCACCGGGAAAUUGGCCAUCUGUUGUCCCUCGUUCAGACAACACAGGUGCUCAUGUUUCCACUGAAGCUCGGAAAUGUACUGUUCUCCAAAUUAAGACUACAUGCUCAAUUACUGAUGUUCUGCAUCGUUUCUCGUCGUUCGAUAAAAUUCUUCACAUUGUCGCCUACUGUCUUCGUUUCUCGAAAUCACGUCCUUCUGCAUUUACACAGAUUGUUAAUGCGAGUGAACGAGAACGAGCCUUGUUGGGUUUAGUGUAUUCCGUCCAACAAACAUCAUAUUCCGAAGACAUAUCCUCGUUAAAAAACGGAUUGCGUUGCUCUCCUGCCAUUCGGAAAUUAGAUCCUUUCAUUGAUGAAAAUGGAAUUCUUAGAGUGGGUGGGAGUCUCACGAAUGCUGAUCUCCCAUACUCUCACAAACAUCCACUUCUCUUGCCAUGCCAACAUCGAUUAACGUUGUUACUCAUUGACUAUCAUCAUCAGCGACUGAAGCACCCCGGAUGCGUCUCCCUUCAAGCGCAUCUACAACGUGAAUUUUGGAUACCGUCUGUACGGAAGAUUAUUCGAUCUCGGAUACGGCUCUGUAUCUCAUGUUUCCGCACCAGGCCACGUGCAGUUCAGCCGAAGAUGGCCAGUCUGCCGAGCUUUCGGGUGCAGCAAGUGAAACCGUUUGCAAUAACCGGAAUGGAUUAUGCUGGACCAGUCACGUUGAAGGAAGCACGUGGACGAAGAUCGGUUCCAAAGACAGCAUACAUUUGCCUGUUUGUCUGUACCACAACAAAAGCGCUCCAUUUAGAGCUAAGUUCGGAUUUGUCCACAGAAUGUUUUCUAAUGGCUUUUACUCGAUUCUCCGCCAGACGCGGACCCAUCAAGGAAUUACACAGCGACUGCGGGACCAAUUUCGUCGGAGCGUCACGAUUAUUGACCCCCCUCCAUGAAUUCACUCAUUCAAAAGGCUUUCAAGAUAGUGUUCAUCAUCACCUUGCUAAACACCAAAUCACUUGGCACUUCAAUCCUCCCGCAUCUCCCCAUUUUGGGGGUUUGUGGGAAGCCGGAGUAAAAUCCGCAAAGUCAUUAAUUCUUCGGUCUAUUGGAUUGCACCAAUUGACGAGUGAGGAGUUUUUGACACUUCUCACUCAAAUAGAGGCAACAUUGAAUUCUCGCCCAUUGUGUGCUAUCAGCAACGACCCAGGUGACUUAGAAGCAUUGACGCCCAGUCAUUUUUUGACUCUUGAACCUUCCACCUCGCUGCCAGAACCAAGCCUCGUCAAUCAACCUAUGUCAAAGUAUCAGCGAUGGCGCCUCAUUGCUGAUUUACAUCGACACUUCUGGACCAGAUGGAAGAACCAAUACCUCAGUAGUCUUCAACUUCGUAGAAAAUGGACGGAACCAGGUCAAGAAUUACGCAUUGGUGAGCUUGUCCUCGUGAAAGAAGCGACGCAUCCUCUUCGUUGGUGGAUUGGACGAAUACGUAAACUCCAUCCUGGCUCCGAUGGAACUUCCAGAGUGGCCACUGUUGAAACUACUUCUGGACCGUUGACACGCCCAGCUGUCAAGCUCUGUCCACUCCCAAUGUCUUGA